AUGCUUUUGUGUGGAGGAAGUUGCUUGCUGCUAUGGCGCAAAGUGGUGUGUGUGGGAUUGAGAGAGCAAGGCUGUGGAGAGAUGGAGGAGGAGUUUGUGCUUCUUUGAAGAAUCGACCAUGGCCAUUGUCUCGUUUGAGAAGAUUUAAGAUUUCUUUGGUAGCAGCAGCAGCAGCUACUGGCGAGGAGGCCCUGAUUGAUGCGUUGGUUGGAGUUGGAGGGCGAGGCCGGAGUGCAAGCCAAGAACAACUCAAGGCAAUUGCGAAUGCUGUGACAGCACUUGAGUCGGAAGGAGGCAUCGAAGAACCUACAAAGUCGGAGUUGAUCGAAGGCCUAUGGAGAUUAAUGUACACAACAAGGCCCAGCACUGCAUCCCCGAUUCAAAGGACUUUUGUGGGAGUGGAUGCAUUUACAGUUUUCCAAGACAUCAAACUCAGCGAUCGCAGUGAUCAAAGAGUGUCAAACACUGUAAAGUUUUCUGAGAAAAUUGGUGAGCUCAAAGUGGAGGCCGAAGCCUCAGUUGCUAGCUCCAAAAGGAUCAACUUUCGUUUCGACCGGGCCGCAUUCUCUUUCUCGUUCCUUCCAUUCAAAGUUCCAUACCCGGUUCCUUUCCGUUUGCUGGGCGACGAGGCCAAAGGAUGGCUCGACACAACUUAUCUCUCUCCCUCUGGAAAUAUUCGAAUCUCAAGAGGCAACAAGGGGACAACCUUUGUCCUGCAAAAGACCUUGGACCCUCGACAGCGGCUGCUUGCAGCUAUAUCCUCAAAAAAGGACGUUGAAAAGGUGAUUGAAGAGCUGGUUGAGCUCAACUCGACCGAGUCCCCGGCAGAACUGGAUGCAUUGGCAGGGAAGUGGAGACUAGUUUGGAGCUCACAAGGCAGCGACGCAAACUGGCUGCAAAAACUCACGUCGGGCCUCCCAAGCUGGCAAAUUGUUAAAGCAGCAAGCGGCGAUCUCGAAAAUCUGGUAGAGCUGCUGCCCGGAUUUCUGAGCCUGAAAGCCAGAGCAACGUCAGAAGCCACCUCCAAAACGCGGCGUCAUGUACGGAUACAAGGCGCGGCCGUACAGCUGUUGGGCGGAUCGGUUUCGGUUCCUCUCAACAUCGAAGGCGCCGGCUACGUAGAGCUGACGUAUCUGGACAAGAGGAUGAGAAUUAGCAGAGGGAACAGAGGGAGCACAUUCGUGCACGUCCGCGACGACGACCAGAAUUGAUCCAUUAUAUGUUUUUGAUUGAUUGAUUGAAUUGAUUGACAACAACAACGAACGA